CAAUGGAAAGAAAGACAGAGUCAGCUUAUCCAGGACUGUAAAUGGCAAUGGAUCCCAAACGCAGUCGUUCUGUGAAACUGAAUGAUGGGCACUUCAUGCCAGUGCUUGGAUUUGGCACUUCGGCUUCUGAUGAUGUUCCCAAGAACAAGGUAGCUGAGGCCACCAAAGUGGCAAUUGAUGUAGGUUUCCAUCAUAUUGACGGGGCAUACUUGUAUCAAAAUGAGGAGGAGGUCGGCCAGGCCAUUCGAGACAAGAUUGCAGAUGGCACUGUGAAGAGAGAGGACAUAUUCUACACCACCAAGGUUUGGGCUACUUUCCUUCGACCAGAACUGGUUCGACCAGCCCUGGAAAGAUCACUGAAGAAACUUAAACUAGACUAUGUAGAUCUCUUCCUCAUUCAUAUUCCAAUAGCUAUGAAGCCUGGAGAGGAGCUUAUGCCAAAGGAUGCCAGUGGGAAAGUUAUUUUAGAAACAGUGGACCUGCGUGACACAUGGGAGGCCCUGGAGAAGUGUAAGGAUGCAGGUUUAACCAAGUCCAUUGGAGUGUCCAAUUUCAAUCACAAACUGCUGGAGAUGAUCCUGGACAAGCCAGGGCUCAAGUACAAGCCCGUCUGCAACCAGGUGGAGUGUCACCCAUACCUCAACCAGAGCAAACUCCUGGAGUUCUGCAAGUCCAAGGACAUCGUUCUUGUUGCUUACAGUGUGCUGGGGUCCCAACGAGAUCCAAACUGGGUGGAAAAGGAUAGCCCCGUUCUCUUCGAGGAUCCGAUCUUGAAUGCCAUUGCCAAGAAACACAAUAGAAGUCUAGGCCAGGUGGCUCUGCGUUACCAAGUGCAGCGGGGGUUGGUGGUCCUGGUCAAGAGCUUCAAUGAGAAGAGAAUCAAAGAGAACUUCCAGGUUUUUGACUUUGAAUUGACUCCAGAAGACAUGAAAGUAAUUGACGGCCUCAACAGAAAUUUCCGACUUUUUAAACUUUUGUUUGCUGUUGAUCACCCUUAUUACCCAUUUUCUGAAGAAUACUGACCACCAGCUAUCCAUCAUGAAUUCUACCAGAAUUUCCUGCUUCUAAAAGAGGCGUGA